GAGGGCGAAUGAAGUGGAAUGGUUUUUACAAAAACCCGCUUUGUACUGUUUUAGUGUUCAACGCUAGGCAGAGAAGAGAAGAAAAAAUGGAUGAGUUUUUGGGUGCGUUAAUGAUGAUGAAUCUUUCGCGUAACCUUUGGCAAUGGUUAGAACAAAUAGAGGAAGAGACAGAGAGACAGCAGGUCACAUGUAUUUAAAAGAGACAGUCUUCCAUUAAGCCGAACGAGACAAAACGACUAACAAACAUAAUCAUGUUCAUGCUGUCAUGACUGAUACUUUAUUCACAACAAAUAAUUUACUAAUUAGGAUUCUUUUAAAUAAUUUUGCGGCCAUUUUCGUACUGAUUCAUAAAACUAAAGCUGAUGGUGCUAAGCAUUCGUGACAGCAUGGUAAACAGACCGUACACGAUUAUCAGUAAGUAAUCAGUAAGGGAAGAAAUGAGCCACACGUUUAUUUGAAUUCACUUUUAAACACACUCAGUAUAACAAGACGAGUAAGAAAACGAUCGCUCCAACAUAGGGAUCGAAAGCAGAUUGAUAAGAGCGAGCAUCAUCAUGUUCAUUUGGCUCGCAAUAACAUUUUCCGACCAGUCAUUCCAACGUAUAAUUAAGUUCCUUUAUUUUUAUUGCGAAAAAAUAAGUUGGGCCCAACGUUAGGUCGUCCGGGAAAAAAAGAAGUGAUCAUUCGGAAGCGGUAUCAUUCCGUCGCCCUUUCCAAGGAACCAGAUAUGAAACUCGUUAACUCACACACCCAUAUAGUCUGUCCCAAUAGAGCAUAUCCAGAGGAAAUAUCAGAAGAAAACAAAAAUACGAAUUCAACUGAAAUGAUCAUAUCACCCCCCUCCCCGGGCCCGGGUAUCGCGCUUGUGUGGGAGCUACCGAGUAGGAACAAGCGAAUGUUUUAUGUAAAAGCGACCAUUGAGCAGCUUCCGGUUGAGCGGCACACUGUGGGCAAUUAGAAACCAGCAAGACUUUGUACGCCGCAUAUCAGCAUACACAAGCUACCCCGUGAAAAACAAAUCCAAACCACUAGCAAGACCUUUGUCAUUUAAUCCGCUGUGAAAGGACGCUUUCAAUGGAAGCCAGAGCCAGUACGUAGUGGUGUGGAGCAUGCAUCCAGCAGAAGGCGCAUUUGUUGUAGCUAUAUGCAAUAAUCCCAACAAAAAAACCAUCGCUGAUCCGACGCUUGAUUGUUGUUUUCUCAUUUCGCGAUGGAAUAUUAAGAAGAAAAGGUAGCAAACAAACGAUCGCUGAAGAAUCGAACGCUCGUUACGAACCCGAUACCUGUCAGUAGUAGCCAAUGUGUACAUAUCCGUCUAGUGUAAAUUGUUCGGACGUCGGUUCCGAAAACCCUACCAGAAAUUUGCUUCCCAUGCGCCCGCAGUUACCGUGUAAAUAGAGUGAUGGACUCCCUCCCAAAACGGAAGGAAGGAAAGAUGGAUGGAAGUCCUGCAGAAUGGGAUGUCGGCCGGUCCCAUCCAUAAUCGACUCCCGCAACUAACUGUUACUGCAAAACCUAGACCAAUACCCAGGGCACCGGCGGCGAUAUAGAUACUGGGAACGAACUGGCGAGGAACACAACGUGGAAUGUUAUCGAAUCCUAAUUAAUCGAAGGUGCGAAAGCGGAUGUGAAUCGUGUACAGUAAUGAAGCCAAUAUACUCGUAGGCCACCGAUGCACCGGUGGUGGUGUACAUAUGAAUAGUAAUAAGCAGUGGAAUCGAAUGGCAGACCGAGUCGCCUACAUAAUCGGUUCGCUGUCAACUGAGCCUACGAAUGAAGCCUAAUGUAAGCGGUGGACGAAGAUCGCUUGUUUUGUUUUUGUCGGAACAUUGUUUUUCGUCUGAUGGAGGAGGAGGAAGGAUUGUAGAGUUCGCGGCAAUGGGAUGAAACCUCCG